GAACAGUGGCACAGACGCAGAGGAACCUUCACAUUUCUCUGAGUGACUCCUCUCCUCCUCUUCCUCGUGUCUCCCCCUGGUUCCUCCGCGGCCCAUGAGCCAGCCUCCGAUCCGCCUGUAAGCCCCCGGAGCCCCGCAGACACACGCGAUACCGCCCGAGUGGACUUUUCCUUCUUCUCCAGCUGAAGCCAUCACAUUCCUGCAGAGCAGCUGUUUCCUGUCUGCGUGACGCCCGCAGGAGAUCAUCGUCCCGCACGCUCCCGCAUCUCCGUCUGCAGCUGCCUCACUUCACUGCGCUCAGGAAAAUGGCGGAGUUCAGCUCUCUGCUCAGCGACCUGUCUGAGAACAUCACCAACGAGGACCUGGAGCAGCUCAAGUCGGCCUGCAAGGAGGACAUCCCCGAGGACCAGAGCAACAACAUCACCUCCUGCAAGGAGUGGUUCAGCUACCUGGAGAAGAACGACAAGCUGGCCCACGAUAACCUGUCGUACAUCGAACACAUCUUUGAGAUCUCGCGGCGACCGGACCUGCUGACGAGGGUGAUCGAGUAUCGAACCACCGUGCUGAAGAUCUCUGAGGAUGACGAGAUCGACACCAAGCUCACACGCAUCCCGUCGGCCAAGAAAUACAAAGACAUCAUCCGCCAGCCCUCUGAAGAUGAGAUCAUCAAGUUGGCCCCUCCCCCUAAAAAGGUGUGAGGGUUCGACUCCCUGAUCUUACAACUUGAUCUCUUCACACCUGGCACUCCAAUCAACCGACCAACCAAUUUCUGACCAGCCCCAUCACCCCCCCCCCACACACACACACACACACACAGAGCUUCACCCCAUUCACGCUCCUCACACACACACACAUACACACUUAUACAUAUCCAGCCACGCCCACUUCCUCGCUGCUCUAACACAGAACCACACAGGCAGCCGCCUACCGACAAAGCAGCCAAUCAGAUGGUGGCAUUUGCAGCCUCCUCCCAAGAUGAGGGAACACAGGAAGCGGAAGUAAACAAAGACGAUAGGAGAAGAAAAGGAUCAACAGAGAGAGAGAGAGAGAGAGAGAGAGAGAGAGAGAGAGAGAGAGAGAGAGAGAGAGAGAGAGAGAGAGAGAGAGAGAAUUAAUGCUGAGUUGGUCAGAAUAUCAUGUGUUUGUACGUUUGUACCGUUUUCUUUUUUAACUUCACCUUGAAUGUGCAAAAUUAUCAGAAACUUGCCCAAACUGAAAACUUCUAUCUCGAGAUAAACUUUAAAAAAAUAAGUGAGAAGAUAACUUCAACUAAAGAGUUCGUUUCCACAACAGCGCUAAUUUUAGUGUAAAACUGCAAUAUUUCUUUGCAAAUUUUCCCAAAUGUCUGAGUCCCGUGUGGUUCAUAAAACAUCUGUUAUCAAGUUGCCAUGAGUGAUAAAACAUAACUUUAUCCCAAAAGACUCGACAGUUACGAUGCAUUCCCUUUACUCUUAUGCAGAUUAUUAGAUAGUGUUUAAAGAGUCAUAUUUUAGAGGAAAAUAUUUAAAGUUUCAUAGGAAAAGCCAAUAUUUGCCUUUAGCUUAUAGCCAAUAGUUAUUUACAGACAAUAUAAAUCGAUGAGCUGGUCACACAUGUAAAUACACAAAUAAUAUAUUUGAAGAAAAUAAAGCAGAAAUUAUAUAUCGACGUGCCGUGUGUGUUCCAUAGAGGGGACGCAGCAACAAGCAGCAAUUCCCACAGGACGUUGAGUUUCAUUUUUCACCAAUUUAAACAAUUCGGAGCCGAUAAGCGAACAAAUGAAGAUUUUCAAAGUGUGAAACAGACGUGAAUAUAAAGGCAGAGGAAGGGAAACGGUAAAAUGAUGGAAACAUUCUGAUGAGUCAGCGGCUCCUAACCCGCUGACUCGGCCAUUUCCCGCCGCGCAGCAUAACGAUAGCGACUGUUUAAACUUAACUGAAUUAACCCCUCCCCGACGAAGCCUUAGCUGACUUUGCGUUCACCAACAAAAUUGCUCACGAUGCGUGAGAUUGUGCGAUUGACUAAUGCGUAAGGUUCGUCAAAACCACUCUCGCUUUUUAAAGGAGAGAGUUGCUACUUUUAUUUUGAAACUUGCUAAUGACUUCAGUGUUUCAGCCCCAGUGAUUUUAUGUAGUUAUUUAUCCCAGCCUUAUACCCCCCCCCCCCCCCCCCCGACCCCAGUGCCAAUGACCAAGACUUUUGUUUCGAUUGCAGCGUUUGCGAUCGCUUCUCUUAUUUUGUAGUGCUCUGCCGUAAACUGUUGUGUUGAACUGAUUUGUGUCUAUGCAUUGUUACGUGUGUGGACAGAUUCUGCACCGUCACGUAACUUCAGUGGCACUUGAGGGGUGAAAUUAAACAUUUGUUUAUUAUACAAUGUUCAUCGUUUGGAACUAUUAAAAACUAUAGAGGCCAACACACGUUUUAGUCUUUUGCAGGAAAAGUCUUAAAGUAAGAAGACAUCCAAUCGUCCUCUGAUGCCUGAACACGAGCCGUGAGGACGUGUGUCUGUCCCUCGUGAGACCAUCGGGUCUGUGAGACUGUUAGAACCUGAGUUUCAUCAAACGUUUGACUCGUCGGAGAAAGACUCAGUCAAACUCAAAUUCAUAAAUCAGAAAGUCCCGACUGUCCCUUCUCACUCGGCCGGACCCCAAGUGAAGCGGUAGCUACCCCCCCCCCCCCCCCCUCCUUGUGGUCUGAGCCUGUAGAACCCAACCUGGGGUCAAUCCCCGGGUGGAGGCAGUCCCACUUACUGCUAUGACCUCUGGGUAAAGGUCGUCCUCUGUGUUUAGAACGUGACUUCGGUGAUUCCACGAAGGAAAAGGGCGAAUUUUAGAUUGUGUUUUCAUUCUUGUACAAAAUAAAUCAAAGUAGGAGAAGUCGGGACAUUGUAUUUUAUUUGCCUUUGUUUUAUUUUUGAAGUUCUGUGUGAAUAGCAACUUGUGACUCUAGAUGUAUUUGACCAAGUGACUUUUAUUCCAUUUUAUUUCGUUUAGUUUUACUCUCAGUUCCCGUAGGCGAUGUUAGUGAGUCUGUGGAAGUUUGAGAAUCCGAGAUCUGUUCACAUCAAAACAUGGAAAGAAUCCCGACUGCUGCUGCAGGUUCUCCUGGUUGACUCUGACUUUUAAAAUUAAUUCAGGUUAAUCACUGAAUAACUCCAUGUUUGUGUUGCUCCGCGUUUUCCUCCGUAGCCACCGGCACAUAAUAUAUCAACAUAUCAGUCACUAAUGAUGUCAGAAUUUGGAUUUCCAUGUACAUAUCAACUUAGUCAAAGCUGCAGAGUACAAACCUACUAAAGUACAUGUGUGUAUUUACGGUAAAUACCUGAAUAUAACCGAUACGUGGGUUUAGCCACAGCAGGUGAAGCAGGACAUGAAGAGCCAGAAACUGUGUCCAGGUUUUUAACAUGUCAAACUAAACAAUUAAAAUUCAGACAAGAUUCUCACUCUCCCUUAAGGAUAACACUGUUUUCUGUCUUUGUUUUAUUCGGUUGUAAAUAUGUAUUUUGAAUAUAUCACUGUGUUUGUUUUUUGAAAUGGAUUAAUUUAUUUAAUGCCUGUGUCUUGUUGGUUUUCCGUGUCCUGGUUUUGUUUUACUUACUGGAAACGAGUCAAUGGAGCCGAACAGGCAGCGACACUUUCAUGACAGGUUCUUCUCUUCUGAGACGUUUCCGAUUAAUCUGCAACAACGAGAGGAAAGAAAAAGAAAAAUCUCAUUCCACUGUAUUAUCUGAUGUGUAACAUAUUAUGUUUUACUGUGUCGUACUUGCCCAGACGUGUCGUGGUCACUGCUUGUAAAAUGAUUUUAUUCAGAGUUUCCGAAUCAUGACAAAAGAUAAGAGCGCUCACAAAAAAACAUUUUGUUUGUACGUGUCGUCGUGUCGCUAGCACGUCGUGUCGACCGCAGGAAACAGAGCGAAGAUCGAGUCGUACGUCGAGAUGCAGAGAAAAGAUUUCAGUCCUUGACAACAAUUAACCAUCAGGUUUCAACUAUUUUCCUCUUUCUAUUCACUAGAAAAAAUCUGUUCAAUAUUGAAUAAAUAAAUAAUUUAACCGUGUAUAAGCAACUCAGCAAUAAGUACUUUGAUUUAGUUUAAGAUCCAGAAGCUGGAGUUAGAUAAAACCGCUGAAGAGUCUUUACACGUUAGCCGACUACUUAAAUUACAAAGUGAAGAUUUCUUAAACUAAACGAAAUAAAACAUUAAAAAAACAUGAUUAUUUAAUAUCAAAUAUUGAUUUCGAAGUUGAUUUAUUUAAUUUUUAGCGCCAUUUCUUUAAAUCUACUGUUUAUAUAUUUAAUAUUGAACAAUUGAGGCUCUGUAGAUCUACUGGCUACGUUUAGUUCUGAAUGUUUUAAGGCGACGGGGGAGACAGGACGUGAUGAAGAGGAUGAAGAGGAGAAUGCAGAUCAGUGCUGAGCAGAUAGUGGAAGUAGUGACGAGUAGUUUAGAGGUUUGAAGCCGUUAGAGAUGAGAAACGUCACGUGUCUGCAGUGAGCAGCGUUUUGAAUGUGGCAGUUCUUGCACUAGCGGCUGAACAGUGGUGAGAUUAAAAGCUAACGAGGUUCGUUAACGUGGUGAAAGUCCGAUCGGUCGGAUCGAGUCGAGUCGUGAAGCUUCUUACGGCCGCGGGAGAAGUCGCUGGAUGUUCCUGAAUAUUGUGAAAACGUAUUUUUUGUUUUUCUUUUAAUUUUGGCAAAUAAAGUUUACACAUCCUGCACAAAAAAAAGCAAAGUUCCACAUGUUAAUGGGUGAAAGUGCCAACUCCCUCUGACCUCCAGCUGCCGGGGUCACGGGGUCACAGCCUCACACUCGACCUUUGGCGACUUCUCGUGACAUUGGUCGUGAACAAUCUUUGUGUCGGGUGUUUUCUGGCGUGUGUGUGUUUUGCAGUCGAGGAAAAAAGAAGCUGAUCGAAGUCUGAGCUGAUGUUUCUAUCUGGAGAGGUGUGAUCUGUCUCUGUGGUGACUUGAGGGGACAGGAUAGAGAUGUCUUAUUAAGGUGUGAUCUGUCUCCGGGGCCAACAUGAGGGGACAGGACAGAAACGUCUUAUCAAGGUGUGACCGCUCUCUGUGGUGACUUGAGGGGACAGGACAGAAACGUCUUAUCAAGGUGUGACCGCUCUCUGUGGUGACUUGAGGGGACAGGACAGAAACGUCUUAUCAAGGUGUGACCGCUUUCUUUGGUGACUUGAGGGGACAGGACAGAAACGUCUUAUCAAGGUGUGACCGCUCUCUGUGGUGACUUGAGGGGACAGGACAGAGAUGUCUUAUUAAGGUGUGAUCUGUCUCUGUGGUGAUUUGAGGGGACAGGAUAGAGAUGUCUUAUUAAGGUGUGAUCUGUCUCCGGGGUCAAAAUGAGGGGACAGGACAUGUGAAAUUGAAUGAUAGAAUAUUGUAAGAAUAUGAAAUGCUGCAGGUGUGAUGAGCACAGUGGGAGUUUUUCUGCUCCGUCGGUUUCGACCUGUCCUCCUAAACCACGUGAUCGUUCGGUUGUGUUGGGCGACGUGCAGGCGGCUGAUUGGCUCAAAGGCGACGCAGACAUCACGUCACUCAUCCAUUCACCACGUGAACCCGGUCGGACGCCAUGGACUCAAUGCUGUUAGAAACUUUUGCUGAGAUUUUCCUCUCACGGGCGAAAGACGCACUUAAGGAUUUAUUUUGCAGCGACUGCAAUGAAAUAUGACUAUAAAAUAUUAAAGAUAAAUUCAAAGAUGUGGCUUUUUGUCAUGAUUUAAAUGAGACUGAGCUGAAAUUAUGCCAUUGUCAUUGUGCUAAAAUGAAUAUAAAUAUUAUAUAUUAAAAUAUAUUUGCUAACCUA